AUAACAUGUUUAACGAGAUCAAGUUCGGGGAGUACGUGGACACUGGGAAGCUGGUGGAGAAGAUCAACUUGCCAGACUUCCUCAAAGUCUACAUCAACCACCGGCCGCCCUUUGGGAACACGCUGAGCGGCAUCCAGCAGAGCUUCGACGUCCUGGGCUACACCAACGCCCAGGGAAAGAAGGCCAUCCGGCGGGAGGACUUCCUGAGGCUGCUGCAGACUAAAGGUGAGCACAUGACGAAGGAGGAGAUGCUGGAAGGCUUCGCCAUGCUGUUCGGCCUGACCCCGGAGGGCUGGAAAUCCGAACCUGCAGCGUCCGCCUUCAGAGGUACAGAGAUCUCCCUCGAAGAAGAACUCCCAGACGAAAUCACAGCAGAAAUAUUCGCCACUGACAUUCUCGGCCUGACCGUUUCGGAAGACGUUUCCUGACAAAGCCAUAUGCUGCCAGCUUGACGGGAACAGAUUGCCAGAUCUUUUCUCCGAGGAGCACAGCUGGGUUCGAACAACUGACCUUUCUGUUGGCAACCAAGCUCUGCACCACUGCGCCACCAGGGCCUCUCGGGGAGGAGCUUCAGGAGGCAUUCCACCCAAGUUUGCAGCACGGUUUUGUUUGAACAGAUGGAUGUUACUGUCUGGGUUUGGAGUCAUGGAGGUCCCACUCAGGCAAACCUGCCAAACGGUAAUUCGCCAUUCAGGCUCAUUGGCUCAUUCCGACACACCUGCCCACCCAAGCCAGGCCCUUCCCCAGAGAAGCUCCCAUCCAAGGGAGCAUUUCUGAUGCCGAGGAACAGAGAGGUGGGAGAGAAAUGGAGGGGCAGAAAGGACCUCUCCUGCCAUGCUCUCUCGCGCGCACGCACCCACCCCCUCACACACACUCGGCACUCCCACGGCCUGCGGGACACCUGGAACACACUGGAGCUGGAAACAGAACCACGUCCUCUGAAACGGUUUGUGUCACCGUGACCCGACCAGGUGGCCCCACCGGGCUGCACAGGUCUGUCAGGGUGCAUCGUGGGCCCUGCAACGCCGUUAGUAUCUUGUUCUCCAGCAGCAACAAAACAAAACAACACACAAAUGAAAAGACUGGAGAAGUUUGUUUGUUUAUUUGGUUUGGCAGAUCAAUUUUGCAACUGCUUAGGGCUUAGGAGCUCUUAUUAUCAAGCCAGUUAAAAAGAUCUUGGGGACAGUUAGGAAACAGGAAAUUCUCCAAGGACUCGUCCUUCUCUCCAAAAAACGCCUGGGAAUUAAGACGCAGCCUGGACACCAACCUGGGCCCUCGUUCCCAAGGUCCGGCUUAUUCUGACAUCCUUCCCUGCGACACAAGUUGGGACAACGGUCUCUAGCAGCCCUGACCAGUGAUUGGCCCCUCCAUGGCUGGCCAGGGCCUGGGACUGCUGUCAGACCCAGGAGAGGAUGCGCUUUCUGUCCUGAGUCACCUUCCAGAGCACAACGCAAUGGACCCUGCCUCUGGACACCCCUCCAAGAAGGCCAAGCCAACCACACACAGCCUUUGGUGCUCCCUGC